CGCCUUUUCCAUUUCCUUUUAUUUUACCGAAGAAAAGCAGGACAGCGUCCAUCAUGGAAAAGGACAGUGACCCGUUGCUUAAACAGCAGCAGCAUCAUGAUGAUAACGAUCGAUCGUCAACGCUUCCAUCAACGACAACCCAGCCACAGCGGCAACAACAAAAAUGUACGCGAUUUGUACUGACUAUACUUGCAUCGCUCGCCGUUUUCUUCGUCUUGAAACUCUCACUUUCAACAAACAGCUUGUCGGAUGAAACGCAAUUGUCUCCCGAAAAUGAUGAUGACGCAUCGUCCCAUCAUACCACCACUACCAACGGAGACGGUCAUGUAAUCGUGCAUAAUUGGAAUAUCACUUAUACGAUGGCAAAUCCAGACGGGAAAUUCGAGCGUCAAGUGAUCGGUGUCAAUGGGAAAUGGCCGCCACCUAUUGUAGAGGCUCAGCUCGGUGAUACAGUGGUUAUUCAUGCUCAUAAUGCGUUAGACUGGCCAACUUCAUUGCAUGCUCAUGGCCUGUAUCAAAAUGGUACAGCACAACAAGAUGGUGCAUAUUUAGUAACAGAAUGUGGUAUUCCACCAGGCGCAUUACGUACUUACGAGUACAAGAUAAAACAGGUCGGGACGUAUUGGAUCCACAGCCAUGUGCAGGCGCAAUACUUGGAUGGGCUGAGAACACCAUUGAUUAUUCGUGAUCCUAAGGAUCCAUACCGAAAUCAAUACGAUGAAGAGAUGAUUAUUACACUCUCAGAUUGGUACCAUAACGAUUCGCGCUCCAAUGCAAAAUGGUUUCUGAGCAAGGAAAACCCAGAUGCCGACGAGCCUAUUCCUCAAUCGGGUCUUAUUGGCGACCGAUUGGAUCCUUCGUACCAUUUUAAACCUGGAAAAACGUAUCGUCUCCGGGUUAUCAACAUCAGCGGAUUCAUCACAUACUAUUUCAGUAUUGAUGGUCAUGAGUUUGAUAUAAUUGAAGUAGAUGGGGCAUACACCGAGCCUUAUCGCGCAAAGAGCAUCUAUCUUACUGCUGCUCAGCGUAUGUCCAUACUUGUUAAGGCUAAAGAGACGACUGAUCUGAAUUAUCUGAUUCACGCUGAUAUGGAUGCUACGCAACUUGAUGAUAUUCCAGAUGAUCUUCAACUUAAUUUAACUGCUCGCAUCUUUUAUGAUGAAUCUCAUAAGAGCUUUGCGCCAAGUGAAGAUAUCGGUCUCAAAAGCGUAUUUGACGACUUCAACUUACGAUCGUUGGAUAAUACCAAAGCAAUCGAGCCAGAUGCCAUACUUAAUAUGACUGUAGAGCAGCAGAUGGUUACCGAUGGAUUGAAUCGUGGCAUGAUCAACCGUGUCCCAUUUAUCCACUCGCCGACACCUUCAUUAUUCACUGAGCUUACGAUGGGAGCAUUAGCUAACAACAGUAAGGUGUAUGGACCUCAGGGCAACGCGUACGUCACUAGGCAUUUGGACAUGAUCGAACUGGUUGUCAACAACUACGAUGAAGAUGCACAUCCGUUUCAUAUGCAUGGGCACAAGUUCCAAGUAGUCGCUCGAAGCACCAAAGAACGACAGUGGUAUGAUGGCGUAAAUAGGGUUGGAAAGUGGAAUUUGGACAAGCCGGUAUACCGAGAUACAAUCCGGGUUCAAGGGCACGGAUUCGCAGUGCUGCGCUACCGAGCGGAUAACCCAGGAACCUGGCUUUUCCAUUGUCACAUUGACUGGCAUUUCUUUUCCGGCAUGGGUGUCGUGUUAAUCGAAGCACCGGAGCAGGCACAACAGAGAAUGUCUGUCGAUCCAAUUCUGGCUGAACAGUGUCGCCAGCAAGGCAAGUUUGCUUCUGGAAACGCAGCCGGUAAAAUGAAUUUGGAUGUUUCUGGUGCUCCAUCUGGUAUUUAUCUUCCCAAAGAUAAACCGCUUAUUCCACCAGAGGACGAUGAAGAUGAAUAGUUUACUUAUUUUUAUCGAUGCACGUACAACAUCUAUCAAAGUGCGUAAUAGCGUGUAGUAACUUAUAAAUAUGCUGAUUCGUUGAUAUACAUAGGUUUGAAGUGUUAUAUAAAAUAUUGUCACUCCAUAUUUGUAUUGUAAGAUAUCCACAGUCAAAAUCGAUAAAGG